AUGGAAUGGUAUACAACAGAUAACGGAAAAUACAGAAUAGAGUCGCUUUCAACGAAAACGUUUGAAGGAGCAUUAAAUGUGAUAAGAGAAUCGUUCUGCCAGAACGAAUAUGUUUGUAUCGGGUGUGGCAUUAAUAAAAAUGCUGCAGCAGCUGAAGAACUGUUGGAACUGUGUGCUGAUGCAGCGCUUGAUGGGGUGUCGCUGGUUGCUGUGGCGUCAGAUACAGGCGAAGUGGUUGCUGUAACUUUUAAUAAGAUCCAGGUUCAAACGUCAAGUGCUUCAGAGAAAGCUUUCUUUGAAAUAUUCGCGGAGGAGCGAUGCAAGGAAGCCGCGUCGCGCUCACUUAUACAGUUUAUGGCGAACGUCGAUAGCAGGUGUAACUUGUUUGAGAAAUACGGCGUAGAUUGUAGCCUCGAAAUUAUGUUCCUGGCUACCUUGCGAGAACACAGAGGCCUACAUCUAGCGAGACACCUGUGCAAGAUUUCAAUAGAGCUCGCCAAAAAAAUCCGACACGGUCCAAUAGCGCCCAUUACCGUCCAGGAUCUCGGUCCUAAAUAUUCAAUGUUGGUAGUUCGAAAACCUAUCGCAUCGUACCCAAAGAUUUGCCAAGCAAUUUGGACGUCCGCGGGCUCACAAAAAGUUGGCAAAGCUUUGAAAUUCACUGUCCACUUGACAGUACCGCUCUCAGAAUUUGUAUUCGAUGGAAAGACUUACUCGGAACGAAUAGGAAAUGAAUCCGCACUCUGUGAAGUAGCGGCAAUCGCUCUGUAA